AUGUGUGACAUAUUGUUCUCUCAAUUGUGCCUGAAAGUUCUCCCUACAACUGCAAUCCCAAAUGGUGAAGGAAUGCAAAAAAGUAAAGUUUAUAGUGGAACGGAUGAAAAUAAAAUUUCCGGUGAGCGCAUCUCACAACUAGAUGACUCUCGAUGGAAUGAAUUCAUGGAAGAAGCUGAUACCAGAUCCAGCUACAGCAUUAAUAGUUCUCUGAUAUGCAAGAACGCAUCAAUGGCAGCGAUGCUUCUCCAAGGACAGGCUAUUGUUCCUAUACAAUUGGUUGCCCGUGUUCCUGCUGCAUUAUUUUAUUGGCCACUUAUUCAGCUAGCUGGUGCAGCAACAGAUAAUAUUGCUUUGGGUGUUGCUGUUGGAAGCAAAGGAAGAGGAAACCUUCCUGGUGCAGCAUCAGAUAUCAGGGCAACUCUUCUAUUGCUUCUAAUCGGUAAAUGCACAGCAGAUCCUUCUGCUUUUCAAGAUGUUGGUGGAGAAGAAUUUUUUUGGGGACUUUUAGAUGAUACAGAUUCAAGGAGAAUGAUGACAGAAAAACCUGACGAGUACAAGCACAGGCUGCAGAAUCUCAUCUUUAAAGCACAGCAGAGCAACAAUGAGAAGCUGUUGGAAAAUCCAUACCUUCAGAUGCGUGGCCUGCUUCAACUCUCAAAUGAUGGGCUAUAA